UUUUUCUCUUCUGUUGUGCUUCGUGCGAUCGAUCUUUUUUCUCCCUCUUUUAUUACCUUCCAUCUUCUUUGGCUUCUCCUUCUCCGUCUCGAAGAUCAUGGUGAUAUGCUGCUACUAAGUGCCGCCGGCUAAAACAAAACUGGAUUUACAAGGAAUUAACGGUCGCUUCGUAUCAAUAAUCGUGGGAUUAUGUGAGGCAGUUUCGCGGCUGGUGGCGGUGGCCUUAGCCGGGGAUGUCGUUAUCCUCGAGCUGUUGUUGCUACUGCUGCUCAGGCUGCGAGACACCGCUGUGCUUGAAGAGUUGCUACAAUGUGGAAGAAAACAUGCAGACGCUCGACAACGGCAACGGAUCCAGCUGCUGCGGCAGCAUGGAUGGACUGCGGCUAGGCUACACUACUUUGAUCUCGCUAUUGCCUAGCUGCGCCUCCUCGACCAACGAUGACGCUCGUCUGCACACGAGGACGUCUUAGCUGACCCUUGUAGUCAGGAGGCGUCCAAUCACCGUGGAGAACAAGAUAUAUAGGUGAUUAUUUUGUUGUUGUCGAAGAAGAAGGAGAAGGAAAUUUUAAGUGCGCGAGUGGAAACACGAUUUAAUUAUAUUAUACUCGAGUUUCGAAUCAAAAGUAGAAAGACAUAUUAAAGUGAAUAUAAUAAAAAUAGUGAGAGAAAGACACCGCGAGUGUCAGUGCAGACGAGGGAGAGUAUUUGAAAGAAGGAAACAGCGAAAGUGUGAUAGUGAAGUCCCAUCGCACUUAUAAGGUAACGAGAGGAUGCCUGGGGGUCGUAGGGGCCUGGUAGCCCCGCAAAAUACAUUCUUGGAGAAUAUCAUCAGGCGCAGUAGCAGCCAACCCGACAGCAGUUUUUUAUUGGCCAACGCUCAGAUCGUCGACUUCCCGAUCGUCUACUGCAACGAGAGCUUCUGCAAAAUUUCUGGUUACAAUCGUGCCGAGGUAAUGCAAAAGUCAUGUCGCUGCAGCUUUAUGUACGGCGAGCUCACCGACAAAGAGACCAUCGCCCGAAUCGAGGAGUGCCUCGAAGGACAAAUUUGCGACCAGUUCGAGAUUUUACUUUACAAAAAGAACAGUACCCCACGAGAGACACCAUUAUGGCUGCUGCUGCAAAUAGCGCCGAUCAAGAACGAGCGAGAUCUGGUGGUGUUGUUCCUGCUGACAUUCCGCGACAUAACGGCACUGAAGCAACCAAUCGAGACGGACGAUACCAAAGGCGGACUGUCAAAGUUCGCCAAACUUGCGCGCUCGGUCACCCGUUCCAGAUCCGUGCUCGUUUCACAAUUCAGCUCUCAUUUGCCUGCCCUCAAAGACACCGCUGUACCUGUCACUACCAAGCAGUCGCAUCUUGGACACGUAAGUAAUCAACAGGUGAUGACAUUAAGCGGCGACGUGAUGCCGCAGUACCGGCAAGAGGCGCCCAAAACACCACCACACAUACUGUUGCAUUACUGCGCGUUCAAAGCGAUCUGGGACUGGAUAAUACUAUGCCUCACCUUUUACACGGCGAUCAUGGUCCCGUACAAUGUAGCCUUCAAGAACAAAACGAGCGAAGAUGUGUUUUUGCUCGUUGUCGACACCAUCGUCGACGUCAUCUUCUUCAUCGACAUUGUCCUCAACUUCCACACGACUUUUGUUGGUGCUGGUGGCGAAGUCGUCUCUGAUCCCAAGGUGAUUCGCAUGAACUAUCUAAAGUCCUGGUUCAUAAUAGAUCUGCUAAGCUGCCUGCCGUACGAUGUGUUCAAUGCCUUCGACCACGACGAGGAUGGAAUUGGUAGCCUAUUCUCAGCCCUCAAGGUCGUCAGGUUACUUAGGCUCGGCAGAGUCGUGCGCAAGCUCGAUCGUUAUCUCGAGUACGGUGCGGCAAUGCUGAUAUUACUUUUGUGCUUCUACAUGCUCGUCGCUCAUUGGCUCGCCUGUAUUUGGUACUCGAUAGGUCGAUCGGACGCUGACGCCGGUGUCCAGUACUCAUGGCUAUGGAAGCUGGCAAACGUCACGCAGUCGCCUUACAGUUAUCAUUGGACGAACGCUAGCACAGCUUCGUUCGAACUUGUCGCUGGGCCAUCGAGACGCACGAUGUACGUGACCGCGUUGUACUUCACUAUGACCUGCAUGACGUCCGUUGGCUUUGGCAAUGUCGCCGCUGAGACUGACAACGAGAAGAUCUUCACUAUCUGCAUGAUGAUUAUUGCUGCCUUACUAUAUGCAACCAUAUUCGGUCACGUGACGACGAUAAUCCAACAAAUGACAUCGGCAACGGCCAAAUACCACGACAUGCUCAACAACGUGAGGGAAUUCAUGAAGUUGCACGAGGUGCCGAAAGCGUUGAGCGAGAGAGUCAUGGAUUACGUGGUCAGUACGUGGGCGAUGACCAAAGGCCUCGACACCGACAAGGUGCUCAAUUACUGCCCCAAGGACAUGAAGGCCGAUAUCUGCGUUCACCUAAAUCGCAAGGUCUUCAAUGAACAUCCCGCCUUCAGAUUGGCAUCGGACGGUUGCUUGCGCGCGCUUGCGAUGCACUUCACGAUGUCGCACAGCGCUCCGGGUGACUUGCUGUAUCACACUGGCGAAUCGAUAGACUCGCUGUGCUUCAUCGUCACUGGCAGUCUCGAGGUCAUCCAAGACGACGAAGUCGUGGCAAUACUUGGCAAAGGCGACGUCUUUGGAGACAGCUUCUGGAAGGAUAAUGCCGUGGGUCAGAGUGCCGCUAAUGUGCGCGCUCUUACCUACUGCGAUCUGCACACCAUCAAGCGCGACAAACUACUCGAGGUUCUCGACUUUUAUCAGGCAUUCGCCAACUCGUUCGCCAGGAAUCUCGUGCUUACUUAUAAUCUACGACACAGGCUGAUCUUCCGCAAAGUAGCUGACGUUCGCCGCGAAAAGGAAUUAGCAGAGAAACGCAAGAACGAGCCGCAGUUGGACCAUUCGCAGGAUCAUCUCGUUCGCAAGAUUUUCUCAAAAUUCAAGACGGAUGGCGAGCCCCAGAUCACGAUCACAUCCGCGAGGUCAAGCACACGUUCGAACCAGGACUCCGAUGAGGAACUCACCGUCUCCGUACUGCCGCCAUGGCCGAGCUUUAGGUUUAGGAGAGAAAGACACUCCACGGAUGUUGAAAAAGGCGAUGAAAAGGAAGGCAAAGAGACAGUCUCACAGAUAAUCAGGAAGGUGUCGUCCUCGACCGAAGAUACUGGCUCGGGACGCGUUCGACCGAGCAAGUGGGGCCGAUUACUCGAGCUGAGAAAGACUGGGAGUGUAACAAAGCCAACAGAGGAGUUUGAUGACGAUGGAUCAGAUGCGAAAAGUAUGUCUAAAGUAUUGACUUCGGCAUUACCCGAUCACGAGCCUAUUAUGGACUACCUGCGUAAACUGCUACUAAGGAGCUCGAGUCUGGAUUCGGGUAGCGACGGUGGCAGUGGUCCGGAACCAUUUAAACGCACGCUAAGCGCGCGAGAUUCACGGCCUGGUUCCAGUGCCGGUACCAACAAGGUCUUCCCGAAAAUCGGCAAACUCGGCAGUACGAUCGAGGAGGAGCAUCCUGAAAGCACAGAGUCUAUAAGCACGACCUUAACCCUUCACGACCCCAAACAAUUGCAAAUGCGUAGACUCGAAAGUUAUGACGGUGGCCUCAUCGUUCAACCCAGCCACGAGCGCGAAAUACUUGCGGCUGUGCUGGAGGUGAAAGUUGAUCUGAAGCUAGAGGUUCAGCGAGUGAACCAACGUUUGGCAAAGAUCGAGGACAUGUUGGCGACAUUGAUCAAUAGGGUACCAGUACCGGUGCCACCACCAACCACAGUGACAGUAGCAACCUCGCCACCAUCAAGCGCAACGAGUAUGCCGUCCUCGCCGCCGUUGCAACGACCGGCGACACCGAGAAACCUUAGUGCGAUUGUUGCGGCAAUGUCUUCCCCAGGUGUCUCUAGCGCCGUACAAAGUCCUGUUGGUACUGUGCCGGGAUUGUUACCCACUGUUUCUAGUCCUGCCAGUGGCUCUGAUAGUAAACCACCCUCGCUACCUUCCACACCUAUUAGUGGUCGCGAAAGGAAUUGGGUCCUAAUCAGAAACUGGGUCCGUGCGGGUAUAUACAAAACGAUACGUGAGUCUCCGCCAACGGUAACGGACCGGCUGCUACCGCCGCCGACAAAGGAGUCGUCGGCAUCACAACAACUGUCAAGCUCGUCCGCACAAGCGGCACAACCGGUUGCCACAUCGUCGACGACAGUUCACCAUCAUCAUCACCAUCACCAUCAGACGACGGCCGAGCGCUCGCGCGAAUUAUUGGAGCGUCUUGGCCGCUCGUCGUCGCCAAGUACGACGUUGUCAUCGUCGACUGUCGCGGCGGCGGCGACCGCAACACCGACGAGCAGUGAGGUUACGACGACGACGGUGCCCCUGGGUCCGCUAAUAUUGCGCAAGCGCAGAAGCAAAUCGCGCGGUAAAGGGGCGGCGCCAUUGGCGCCACUGGCCUCGCAACCGAUCAGCCCGUCCGAGCCGACGGAGAGCACACAGAUGCUGCCACCGGAGCUAAGUGACGAGCCGCAACCCUCGACAUCCGAGAGGAAGAGGCCUGCACCAAGGCCCGGCAGGGAUUACUUGUGA